GACGACAGGUUUAUAAUGACAUAGGAUUACGAAUAGAAGAGAAGAGAGAGUAAAAGACAUAUCGGCGGUGAGCUCAGUUCUGAUUUCUGAAGGAAAGGAAGGAGAAAAAAGUUGGUAUAUUGAGCGGUGUUGAUAUUCUGACCACUUAGGCAGCCACAUAAUUAGGCAUUGGUUAAUGUUAAUUUGAAUCUGGAAUUGGGUGGUUUCAGGUUGAGAGGAUCAGUGUUAGUAAGAGAACAUGGUUGGCAGGGGUGGUUCGGGGACUGGCUCUGGGCGUGGCUCUGGCUCUGGCUCUGGGUCUGUGCAGCCACAAUUCAUUGCGAGCACUGGCUCCAAUACGAAUACGCCACUCAUUGACAACUCAGAUGUUGAUCAAGUUGUUGUGCCUGAUACCAGAAGCUGGAAAAAUCUAUUUUCUUACAUGGGUCCUGGCUUUCUUGUUUCCAUUGCAUACAUAGACCCGGGAAACUUUGAGACAGAUCUUCAGUCGGGGGCUCAACAUAAAUACGAGCUACUUUGGAUCAUAUUGGUGGCAUCCUGCGCUGCUCUAUUAAUUCAAUCCAUGGCAGCCAAUCUUGGGGUCGUUACUGGAAAGCACUUAGCAGAGCAUUGUAGAAAUGAAUAUCCUUGGGCUACCAACUUUAUUCUUUGGUUUAUUGCUGAAAUUGCCAUAGUCGCCUGUGACAUUCCUGAAGUAAUUGGGACAGCCUUUGCAUUGAACAUGCUUUUCAGCAUACCUGUUUGGAUUGGUGUUCUUCUGACAGGACUCAGUACAUUGAUCCUCUUAGCUUUGCAGCAAUAUGGGGUUAGAAAACUUGAAUUCUUGAUUGCAUUUCUAGUAUUUACAAUUGCUGCAUGCUUUUUUGCUGAGCUUGGAUAUGCAAAACCUGUUGCUAAAGAAGUUCUGAAGGGUCUUUUUGUGCCAGAACUAAAAGGAAGCGGUGCUACUGGUCUUGCGAUUUCACUCCUAGGGGCUAUGGUUAUGCCUCACAAUCUCUUCCUGCACUCAGCUCUGGUACUUUCUAGGAAAAUACCCCGAUCAGUUCGGGGAAUCAAAGAGGCCUGUAGAUUUUACUUGAUAGAAAGUGCCUUUGCUCUUAUGGUGGCCUUCCUCAUAAACGUUUCUGUUAUCUCUGUGAGCGGUGCUGUUUGCAAUUCUUCAAAUUUGAAUGCAGAAGAUCAGAUGAGCUGUCAGGAUUUGGAUCUGAACAAAGCCUCCUUUCUACUUAGAAAUGUGUUGGGCAAAUGGAGUUCAAAGCUGUUUGGAGUAGCUUUACUUGCAUCAGGCCAAAGUUCUACUAUAACAGGAACAUAUGCAGGGCAGUAUGUCAUGCAGGGAUUUCUUGAUUUGCGACUGGAGCCAUGGGUUCGGAAUAUGCUAACUCGUUGUUUAGCCAUAGUUCCUAGUUUGAUUGUUGCGGUCAUUGGUGGCUCUGCUGGGGCUGGCAAGCUCAUAAUAAUUGCAUCAAUGAUCUUAUCAUUUGAGCUUCCUUUUGCUUUAAUUCCACUCCUCAAGUUCACAAGCAGCAAAACCAAGAUGGGAGAGCAUGUCAACUCUAUCAUGAUUUCAGCCGUUACUUGGAUAAUUGGUUCCCUAAUUAUGGCCAUUAAUAUAUAUUAUCUAUUGACUGGCUUUGUGAAGCUGCUUCUCCACAGUCAUGUUCAAGUUGUGGCCAAGGUGUUUUUGGGCAUACUAGGGUUUUCAGGCAUGGCUGUAUAUUUGGCUGGAAUAGUAUAUCUGGUACUUCGCAAAAAUAACAAGGCUACAAGCCUUUUGACACUAACAGCACCGGAAAUCCGGCAAACAGCAAAUGAACAAGGCAAUGCCUCUAUCCAUUCUCUCUCAAGAGAAGAUAUAGUAAGCAUGCAAUUGCCUCAAAGAACUAGUCCUGUUGAUCUUGACUGACUCCACAAUUACAUGGGUUUAAUUUGGUUUGAGGGGGUAUAUAUGCAUAAGGAUUCCAAUUCCAAUUUGGAAAAUAAAUAUGCAAAAAGAUAAAGAUCUCUAUAGUGUUUAGGUUUCUGUAUGAGGUCACUUGGUUGGAAUUGCUAAGCUUGAAGCUGCUGAUUUUCAUGUGGAAAUUCCAAACUUUGUUCCCUUUGCUGCCUUUGUUGACCAAUGAAAUUAUGUUAAAAAAUCAGCGAGCA